CGAGAAGGGACCAAUCCAAGUGGCUCUAUCGAAGUGCUUGGGUUCUUUCACGAAGAUAGAAGAAAAAGACAGUAAAAAGGAACCAUGCCAAUGACCGUUUAAAGACCAAGAAACUCGUCGCCUUUGGAUUUGGGUGUUUUCUAUCAAUGCUACGUGACUUGUAUGAGUUCAAUCUGUGGAAGAUGUUAUCUGGACUGGAGCUGGCAGAAUGGACAUGGCCCGAACAUAUUGAGUAGCUCGUUGGGGGUGCUAAACGCGGACAGGAUAGACAUUACAGUGGGAAUGGUGUGGAUAUAGGAUUAUUUGCCUAUCCAAUAACUGCUCUUUUACUUUUCCGUUCUGAAAUACCCCCAUCAAAGACUCUUUCAUGGCUUUUCUAUCAGUGGCUCCGCCGUGUCUGUUUUUCGCCCACAACACUCUUUUAACAAUUGAGGUCGUAUCGCGGUAGCUUUGCUCCCAAGGUUUACAAUCCAAUCCAAUUGGCUUUUCUUUUGAAAUAUAUAUAUAUUCAAACUAAUAUUAGAUAGGCCUACAUUGUUACCUAUAGGAUCUUUUUGCGACUAGUUGAAUAUGGAUUUUAACAGCAGCGGCGGGGGAAACGAGCUACAUAAUAAACAAUUCUAUCAAUCUGAGGAGAGCAAGCCUUUGCUGGGGGAGAUGUCUGCGCCGACGCCACCGGAGGGGAAUAAUAUUAAGUUAGGCGCCGGGCCGUGCAAGAGAACCCUUCUCCAUUGCAGCAGCGGGAUGCGAUAUAAACUACUACAGGAGGGGGACAUCCAGGUGUGUGUGGUCAAACACCCUCGGACCUUCCUCAGCAAAAUUCUAACCUCAAAAUUCUUACGGAGAUGGGAACCGCACCACCUCACCUUGACAGACUGCAGCCUGGCGUCUGCGACGCCCACGGGGUACAUGGAGGCUGCCCUGUCCUACAGUACCAUAGAGGACCUGCAGCUGCUCUCCUGGGAUAAUGCCCCCAAAUAUUGUGUGCAGCUCAGCUUCCCCGGGGGCACCGUCCUCCUGCAGGCAGCCAACAGCUAUCUGCGGGACCAGUGGUUUCAUUCCCUGCAGUGGAAGAAAAAGAUCUAUAAGUACCGUAAGGUUCUGAACAACCCGAGUCGCUGGGAGGUGGUUCUGAAGGAGAUCAGAUCACUGGUGGACAUGGCCUUGACCUCUCCCCUGCAGGACGAGUCCAUUCACCAGGCCCCGCUGCAAAUCAUCUCCACCCUGCUGGCCGAGAACACCAACCUCAGCUCUCAGGACCAUGAGAACAUCAUUGUGGCCAUUGCUCCUCUCCUGGAAAAGAACCACCCUCCACCGGACCUGUGUGAGUUCUUCUGCAAGCACUGUCGGGAGCGUCCGCGGUCGAUGGUUGUGAUUGAAGUGUUCACCCCUGUGGUCCAGAGAAUCCUCAAACACAACAUGGACUUUGGGAAAUGCCCCAGACUGCGUCUCUUCACUCAAGAGUACAUUUUAGCUCUAAAUGAGCUCAACGCUGGGAUGGAGGUCGUGAAGAAAUUCAUUCACAGCAUGCAUGGUCCCUCCGGGCAAUGCCCUCACCCCCGCGUCCUGCCCAACCUGGUGGCGGUGUGCCUGGCUGCCAUCUACUCCUGCUACGAGGAGUUAAUCAACAGCCGGGACAACUCCCCAAGUCUGAAGGAGAUCAGGAACGGCUGCCAGCAACAGAAUGAGCGUAAACCCCCCCUGCCCCUCCGCCUGCUGCGCCCAGAGCCCCCCACACCUCCACCAACGUCCCUGCUGCCCCUCUCCCCUCCCCCCUCAGCUCCGCUCUGCCCUUCUCCCACACUGCCCCUCUCUCCCCCGCCCUCCAUCGUCAACUCCAGUGAGAUCCUGGUGGAGUUGGAACGCAACAACAACACUGCCAACGCCAGGCGGAAGGGUCCAGCGGGAAGCGACAGUGAGCCCAAUCUGAUCGACUGUUUGCUGGUCAGCCCCGCCCUCAACGCCCUGUCAAUCCAGCUGCCUGCCCAGGCCGACCGCGUGUUGGGCUGCUUCGCACUCAUCCUCAAAAUGCUGUCUGACUACGAUGACUGGAGACCAGCCCUGGCCAGUCUGCUGCAGCCCAUCCCCUUCCCCAAAGAGGCCCUUGCACAUGCCAAGUUCACAAAAGAGCUGAAAUAUGUUAUUCAGAGGUUUGCAGAAGACCCCAGACAGGAAGUCCACUCCUGUCUGCUCAGUGUGCGCUCUGGAAAGGACGGUUGGUUCCAGCUCUACAGUCCAGGGGGUGUGGCCUGCGAUGAUGAUGGGGAGCUCUUCGCCAGCAUGGUCCACAUCCUUAUGGGUUCCUGCUACAAAACGAAGAAGUUCCUCCUGUCCCUGGCUGAAAACAAGCUUGGACCCUGCAUGCUCCUGGCUCUGCGUGGGAACCAAACCAUGGUUGAGAUCCUGUGUCUGAUGCUGGAGUACAACAUCAUGGAGAACAAGGACACCCAGCUGCAGAUCAUCUCCACCCUGGAGAGCACUCCGGUGGGCCUUCACAUGUACGAGCAGCUGUGUGACCGGCAGAGGGAGCUCAAAGAGCUGCAAAGAAAAGGAGGCCCAACCCGACUUACUCUGCCCUCCAAGUCUACGGAUGCAGACCUUGCAAGGCUACUGAGCUCUGGCUCCUUUGGGAAUCUGGAGAACCUGAGUCUUGCCUUUACCAACGUCACCAGUGCCUGUGCUGAACAGCUCAUCAAGCUGCCCUCUCUCAAACAGCUCAACCUGUGGUCCACCCAGUUUGGAGAUACAGGAUUGCGGUUGCUGUCUGAACACUUGGCGUGUCUGCAGGUGUUGAAUCUGUGUGAGACACCCGUGACCGACGCCGGCCUGCUGUCCCUCAGCUCCAUGAAGAGCCUGUGCAGUUUGAACAUGAACAGCACCAAGCUCACAGCAGACACAUAUGAUGACUUAAAGGCAAAACUCCCCAAUCUGAAGGAGGUGGAUGUCCGCUACACCGAGGCCUGGUGAACACAUCCUGUAUGACAUCACUAGAACACCAACUCCCACAUCAUCCAAACAUCAUCGGAACACAUAGCCUCUCUUACAUCAACAAUAAGAGGAUCCUCUCCCAUCUCUAGAUGAGGACACUUUUAUCUGGAGAUGACAUCAAAACGCCACGACCUCUCUAGUAACAUGUCCAUGGAAAAUUACUAUCUUUCUAGUGACAUCAUCAAAAUACAAAGGCCUGUUCUUUCUUGUGAAAUCAACAUACAAGGACGUCCUUUUUAGUGACAUCAUCAAAAUGCAAGGACCCACUUUCUUGUGACAUAAGGGACCCUCUCUUGCUCUCAUUCUCUCUCAUGUGUUGUUGCUCACUCAGUCCCUGUCCACAUCCUAUUUGCCCUCAAUAGACUCAUCAUAGAUUUCCUCUGUGUUGUCAUCUGUACACAGAACAAAGUUAACAAAUGGUGGAUCUUGCCCCUUUCCCCCCCUCUCUCUAAGGACCUUUGAGUUUAAAUUACCUCUCUUCCCUCCAUUUACUGGGAGCUAUUCUACCCUUGUCUGAUGAAGGCUGGAUAACCAGGUCACAUUCCAGUACAUUUUUUUGAUAUUGCCUCUAGUCAAUCCAAAUGUAGCUUUAAAAGACUAUUCAACUGUCAUUUUGGUCUUGUUGUUUUGUUUGGGUUCUUUCAGGUUAAGAGUCGGGCCUUUCCAGUCCUUCAUUGGGAAUGAGGUGCUACCUCAAAAAAAUAAAAGUUGCAAGACUGUGCCUAAUGCCUUGUAUCACACGUUCACUCUCAAUCAAUUUUUAUCAACUUGAAUGAACGUAUUUUUCCAGAUAUCUCUGCUUUCACAUAUUGUAUAUAUAUCUAUAUCUAUAUCUAUGUAUAUAGAUAUAUAUAGAUAGAUCUAUAUAGAUAUAUAUCUAUCGAUCGAUCGAUAUCACACACAGUACCAGGCAAAAGUUUGGACUCACCUACUCUUUCAAGGCUUUUUCUUUAUUUUUACUAUUGUCUACAUUGUAGAGUAAUAGCGAAGACAUAAAAAUGAUGAAAUAACACAUGGAAUCAUGUAGUAACCCAAAAAAUAUUUUUUAGAUUUCUUCAAAGUAGCCACCCUGUGCCUUGAUGACAGCUUUGCACAAUCUUGGCACUCUCUCAACCAGCUUCACCUGGAAUUAUUUUCCAACAGUCUUGAAGGAAUUCCCACAUAUACUGAGCAUUUGUUGGCUGUUUUUCAUUCACUCUGCAGUCCAACUCAUCCUAAACCAUAUCAGUUGGGUUCAGGCCAGGUGAUUGUGGGGGCCAGGUCAUCUGAUGCAGCACUGCCAUCACUCUCCUUCUUGGUCAAAUACCCCUUACACAACCUGGAGGUGAGUUGCAUCGUUCUCCUGUUGUAAAACAAAUGAUAGCCCUACUAACUGCAAACCAGAUGGGAUGGGUUAUCGCUGAAGAAUGCUGUGGUAGCCAUGCUGGUUAAGUGUGCCUUGAAUUCUAAAUAAAUCACUGACAGUGUCACCAGCAAAGCACCAUCGCACCUCCUCCUCCAUGCAUCACGGUGGGAACCACACAUGCGGAGAUCAUCUGUUCAUCUACUCCGCAUCUCACAAAGACACGGCGGUUGCAACCACAAAUCUCAAAAUUGGACUCAUCAGACCAAGGGACAGAUUUCCACCGGUCUAAUGUCCGUUGCUCGUGUUUCUUGGCCCAAGCAAGUGUCUUCUUAUUGGUGUCCUUUAGUAGUGGUUUCUUUGUAGCAAUUUGACCACGAAGGCCUGAUUCAUGCGGUCUCCUCUGAACAGUUGAUGUUGAGAUGUGUCUGUUUCUUGAACUCUGUGAUGCAUUUAUUUGGGCUGCAAUUUCUGUGGUUGGUAACUCUAAUUAAUUUGUCCUCUGCAGCAGAGGUAACUCUGGGUCUUCCUUUCCUGUGGCGGUCCUCAUGAGAGCCAGUUUCAUCAUAGCGCUUGAUGGUUUUUGCGACUGCUCUUGAAGAAACUUUCAAAGUUCUUGAAAUUCUCCGUAUUGAUUGACCUUCAUAUCUUAAAGUAAUGAUGGACUGUCUUUUCUCUUUGCUGACUUGCCAUAAUAUGGACUUGGUCUAUCUUCUGUAUACCACCCCUACCUUGUCACAACACAACUGAUUGGUUCAAACGCAUUAAGAAGGAAAGAAAUUCCACAAAUUAACUUUUAACAAGGCACACCUGUUAAUUGAAAUGCAUUCCAGGUGACAACCUCAUGAAGUUGGUUGAGAGAAUGCCAAGUGUGUGCAAAGCUGUCAAGGUAAAUGGUGGCUACUUUCAAGAAUCUAAAAAAUAUUUUGAUUUGUUUAACACUUUUUUGGUUACUACAUGAUUCCAUAUGUGUUAUUUCAUAGUUUUGAUGUCUUCACUAUUAUUCUACGAUGUAGAAAAUAGUCAAAAUAAAGAAAAACCUUUGAAUGAGUAGGUGUGUCAACUUCUGACUGGUACUGUGUGUAUGUAUGUAUGUUAUAUAUAUAUAUUCCCUGUUGACAUUUUAAAAGCAGACAUUUCAGGAGCUCUGCUCUGCGGUUGCAACAUCCAUUAAAAGGAAAACAUGUUUGUACAUAACUCCCAUAUUUAAUAGAAUGGUUGUGCAGUAGGUGGUCUGAGACUGCCUUGUAUUUAUGAUUUCUCUCUUCAUAUCCUGUUUUUCUGCCUCCCCUAAUUUUGUCAUAUACCUUUUUUUCACUUUCUAGGCAAUUUAUCCAUAAUCCAUGUUGUGGCUUCAACAGAGGCCCCAUGUACACCUUGCAUCAACCUCUCAAUGUUGCCUUUUUGGCAUGAUGGGGCAUGUUUUUAUAGAGAUAAAUAUUAGACACUUUUUGCAAGUAGAUGUAGAUAUACAGGCCAUGAUCAUCCUUAAUGGGAAAGGAAUAUUUUGUCAUUGUCAGGAGUGAAGAGGCUCUGUAGAGGCAACAGCAUGGUGUGUAGAUGACCCUGAUUUAAAAAAAGGGGCACAUUAACUGCCCAAAGUGUCUAGACUAAGAUUUUAAUUCACAAUUGUUUGCCAUACUGUACUUCAAAAAAGAAACUAUUGCAUCAAACAUCAGUACUGUCUGAAACGUGACAUAACGGUGGAUUCUAAUGUGCUAAUCAUUCAUUCACAGAACCGCAUUUCUCUCUACUCCCCCAUCAAGCAUGGAGAGAGGGCACUGUUUGGAGCAUCCUCACCCAUGAAAGUAGUACAUGUAUCUUGGUUAAAACGUUUUGCAUUCAAUCUUUAUUUAAAAUCCUAAGAACACUUUCUGUUUACAUGGGCAUAUUGUGGACAAGUCCAUUUUUUUAAGCCACCUGUUUUGAAUUGAUUUACCAUAUUGUUACCAAGGAAUGUUAUUUCAGCAUUCAGGUAUGUGACUUUGCCCACACAAACAGCAGAACAGUGUUGUCCUCUGUGUCGCUUCUCUUCUGCUGUAGGUGGCUUUGAUCAAUCUGUCCCUUCUCUGUGCCCUUUCAGGGUGUCUUACACAAUCAGAUCGUUCUUUUGACUGCCCUACUCUGGUCCCAUCCACUUCUUGUUUUUUCAGAAUUCUCUAGAAUUCUGUUCAGUUUUGGCAGAACUUAAAGAACACAGAGUUGGACACCGUCCAAUAAGAGUUCAAUACUAUGUUUAUUUUGAGUACCAUUACGGUUACUGGCACUACAUUUCAUUGUGUAUGGGCAUCUUUGGUCUGACUUAGGACCUCCAUGCUGUCACUUCCUGUAUAGUGUGUGUGUGUGUGUAUGUAUAUGAAUAUAUACACACACACACACACACACACACACACACACACGUAUAUAAUUUUCUGUCCCCCUCCCCUCUUUGCUUCUUAGUCUCCCUGUUAGGGAGGCUGUCAUUGCCUUCAUCUUAAGGACAUGUGCGUGUGGUCAUUAACUUUUUAUUUUCACACAAAGUGCACUGUAAUCUGUCGUGUUUUCAUGCUUAGUAUCUUUUAAUGAUUUGUUUAUCAACUGUUGAUUUGAUCAUGUUAUCAGUUUAUUUUGUCGGCUGACUUUUUUUUUGGCAUGUACAUUUUGCAUCAGCUGAUGUUUUUUUAUUUUGUAACUUUAUUUUAAAGAUUUUAAUAUGAAAAGGGUCAGAUCACUAGCUCUGAAGUCGACCUACACCCUUUGUCCAUGGGUUACCACAAUGUUCUGAUCGAAGCUCAAUGAUAAGCAGUACAUGUCAUAAACCAGCGAUUUAAUCACCUUGGUGUGUGAUUACAGACCUUUUUGUAUUGCUGGACACAUUAGCUCGUGCACAAAAUACUGUGUAAUGAUAUGAACAUAGUAUGUAUGUAUGCCAGUGAGUGUACUGGCUACUGUACCGGUUGUACACUGGUGACAUACUGUGUGUAAUGAUCUGAACAUAGUAUGUAUGUGGGAACCUGACCUGAGGAUUUGUUUUGUAGCCCUGAUGUUCCUCUAGUUUUUAACAUUGAACUGUAUAUCUGCAGCUGGCUAAAGAGGGAGACAGAGGUUGGAAUGUGGAGGGUUUUAGUACUGGAGAGGAAAUUGUGACAAAAACGACUCCAUUUGUUAUAUCACUUUCCUGUGGAGCUCACUGUGCUUUGCUUUGGUUUAUGUCUCCUCUAACUCUCUCUUCUCUCCUCAUUCCUCUCUUUUCAGAGGUCAUAUUACAACCUGUACUCAUUUUUCUGAAUUUGUAAAGAUUUCUAUAAUUUGAAUUGUGACCGCAGCUUGAGUCUUAAUGUGGUUGACAGCGGGGCGCCUGCUGCUGUAGCACCCCUGCUAACGCAGUGAUGGACAAACUAGAUUUAUGUACCCCUCAUUUCCUCUCAUCUGCGUUAUAUGCUUCUACAGCUGGGUUACUACUGCUCUGUGGCUGUUGUAAUAAAAAAACAAGACCUUCUACGGGAAAAUAAAAUACUAUGAUGUGAAAUCAUUUCAAUCAAAAUAAACUGUCUGUGAAUAUGUUUAAAAUGUGAGUGCUGCAUAGUUAUUUAUAGGUUCUGUGUAAGUUUCACUGUUUUCAAAUGCCGUAGUUUAAUCUGAUCAAAUGAAGCGAAGAUAGUCAGCAGAAGAGGUCAUGUUUUAUUGACUGAAAUUACGCAGAGGAACCAUAAAAGAAAAUAUAAACAAGGAUUAUCAAAGCAACAUAAUGUGCUCUAAGCCACAGUUUCACCUGCGAAUAGCCCUGUAUGUCUACAAUAUAUCAGUAGUUAAAGAAUGCAUUUGUUGAGAACAAAAAAGAAACAAGCAAUACACUGGUAACAUGACUUAAUUUCUCUGGAGUUUUUGAGGAAUACAUUAUCAGUAUGACGCUGCUAAGUGCACCUUUCACUGUUCAUCUGAAUAACCCAUUAACACCCAAAAUUAUGCAAAUGUUAAACACAUCACACAUUUUCUCUCUGUUGGCCUUGGCUUUGAAAGACUGAAGUUCGGGAUGCAACCACGCAGGCUCAGGAUGAGCUGCCCUCAGGAAUAAAAUUUACUGUUGUUGAUUUUCUUUUCCUUUAUCCUAGGACCAGAUAAGUUAAAUGAAUGUAUCAUCAUGACAUUUCUGUUCACAAUUUUUAUUAUUAUUUUCAUAUAAGCAUUUCGCUGCACCUGUGAUAACAUCUGCAAAUGUGUGUACACAACCAAUAAACGUUGAUUUGAAUAGA